AUGCUGUCUCCGCAAAUUACCUCUACCUUCCAUGUUCACUGUGGACAAAGCCACCUUAAGUGGUCAAAGGCCAUCGCCCCCGUAUUAACCGUCGACUCAAAUGAGGUUGUAACCUUCGAUACCAUCGAUGGAAGCAAUGGUCAAAUUACGCCAAACUCGACCGUGGAAGAUGUUCUAAGCUUCAAGGCCGAACUGGCAGACCCCCUCUUCGGACCCGUGUAUGUACGCGGCGCUGAGCCAGGAGACACUCUCGAAAUUGAGGUUUUGGAGUUAAAAACUGCAGACUGGGGCUGGACAGCAAUUAUGCCUGGUUUUGGACUCCUUACAGAUGAGUUCCCGGAGCCACAGUUGAAGAUCUGGAAACUUGAUCCCAACGAUUCCUCUGCGACAUUCAAGGAAGGCAUUCGCAUUCCUACUCAUCCCUUUCUUGGUGUUAUGGGGGUAGCUCCGGGCGAGGGAGAAUUUCCCACUAUUCCACCGCUCGAGACAGGAGGCAACAUCGAUACCCGCCACAUUAUAGCUGGAACAAAGCUUUUUCUGCCCGUGAAGGCACCCGGUGCAUUAUUCAGUUGCGGUGAUGGCCAUGCAGCUCAGGGCGACGGAGAAGUUUGUGGAACUGCUAUUGAGACUCCCAUGCAGGUGAAGUUACGACUCACAGUUAGGAAGGACAUGAAAUGGGUCGGCUCUCCCAAUUAUUCUUCUCCUUCGUCGGCUCUCACAUUGGCUGAAGACCGAGGAUAUUAUGCUGUUCUUGGCAUUGAUUCAGAUCUACUGGAAGCUGCUCGCAAGGCAGUUCGCGGUAUUAUCGAAUACAUGAUGCAAACAAAGAGUUUGAGCCGGGUGGAAGCAUAUAUGCUUGCUAGCGUUUCCAUCAGCCUAAGGGUUUCAGAAGUAGUGAACGUGCCUAACUACGCUAUUUCAGCUAUCAUACCACUAAAUAUCUUUACACAAGCUUCUUAA